UCUACAUCUAUAAAUAUAUUAUUCUAUUCCUCAUAAGACCCUCUGAUUUUCCUUUUUCUCAGGCGGUUGGUGGUUGCGUUCUCUUUCCCCCUGAAAUUUGAGUUCCAGUGCAACAAGGGAAGCUAGGCGAAGCCAUCAGUCCUUGUAUCCCUCUCUCCUCGUAUCUCUUAUCACUCAGUUUCAUGUCAGAUCUAGACAUCCAGGUUCCAGGCGUAUUCGAUCCUUUCGCUGAUGCAUUGGGGGAAGAUUCAGGAGCAGGCACAAAGGACUAUGUUCAUGUUCGUGUUCAGCAGCGGAAUGGACGCAAGUGCCUGACCACAGUGCAGGGAGUGAAGAAAGAGUUCAAUUACAAUAAGAUUCUCAAAGACUUUAAGAAGGAAUUCUGUUGCAAUGGCACUGUGGUCCAGGACAAAGAGCUAGGCCAGGUGAUACAAUUGCAAGGGGACCAGAGGAAGAAUGUAUCCAACUUUCUUGUUCAGGCUGGUAUUGUGAAGAAGGAUAACAUAAAGAUCCAUGGGUUCUGAGAAGAGAUUGGUUGCUCCCCAAUUCUCAAAUGUCAAUGCGUAUGUGCACUCAAAUACUAUGAAUAGUACCUGAAUAUUGGUGGAGAGUAGGGAUCUCUUCUUUUCCAUUUCUUUUGUUUUUAUUGCUUUUUCUUGUUCUUGUUACCUGUGUGUUGACUUGAGACAGUAAUACAUAAAUGAAAGCAUCUUAGUUUACUUAAC